UAUUUAUAUAAUAAUUGAAUGGUGAAAUCAUAAAAAUUAUUAUAAAGUAAAUAAAUAUGACGGCGGCGAUUAAAACGUUGUGGAAGCAAGCGUUAAAUACAUUUGAAGAACGGAGUAAUGUUGGAUUCAAACUUUGUCAAAAAAACUUUGACAAAUUGCGGAAUCUAAUGAACAAAAUUACAGCUGAAGAUGUAAACCUAAAUGAACAGGUUCUUGAUUUUAUACAAGCGCAACAUGCACCAAUGUGGGUUAUUGACAUAUUCGAAAACAAAGACUUUGCUAUUUCAAUUUUUAUAUUGAAACAUGGAUUUACAAUGCCAAUACAUGAUCAUCCUGGAAUGUAUGGUUUUUUAAAGGUAAUCAGUGGUGUAGUCCAAGUAAAUAAUUAUACCUUAAAAGCAAAUGAAGAUCAUACAAUUAGAUUGAACAAAGAAGUAAUGGCAUUUAGACACAAACCAAUAUCUUUACACAGUAAUUCGCCUGCUUGUACUCUUACACCAAGAGAUAAAAAUUUGCAUGAAAUUACAUGCAUUGAAGGUCCUGCUGCAUUUUUGGAUAUACUUAGUCCUCCUUAUGAUGUAGAUGAUUCUGGGAAAGGUCCAAGACCAUGUACUUUUUUCAAAACUGUUAGUAGUUCCAAAUUAUGUACAGAUUCAUCAGACAUAGUAGAGGAAGUUAAAUUGGUGGUUAUUAAGGGUCCACCAGAUUUCUAUUCUGGAAGUCUUAAAUAUACAGGACCACCUUUAAUGUAA